AUGCCGUUCAAAGAACAAGAAAAUGAUGCCGAAAUUAUGGCGGAAAGAGAAGCUGAGUAUAAUCAGCUUAGGCUUGCCUUGCACUUGGCACAGGCAGAUAGACAAAGUUACAUUGAAGAAAUGCAGACUGCAAUGAACAAAAUGAAAAAAACAAUAGAACAACUGGAAGCCGAAAGAGAUGGGAUUAUGGAGCAGAUUAAUGCGGUCGACAGCAAAGCCAACCAAAACAGGGAUCAACGAACUUGUGAAGAUUUGGCCAAUUUCGCUGAGAACAAAGACUGGCUUCAGCAACAAAUUUCUCAAGAGAAGGCUAAACACAUUGAGUUAGAUGCGAAGACUAAAGAACUGGAAAAGCAUUUAUGGAGUCUUAUUCAUACAGCUGGAAGCGCAAAAAGUGCUCAAGAAGCCAUGGACAAGCUCAGAAGAAAACAAACUAGUCUCGAGGGACGUCUAGUUCACGCACUUAAAACCUACAAUGAAGCGCUGGGAAAAAAUAUGGCUCUUCGAGCCGAGAUUGACACCUUGAGAAUGGAACGUGGACGAUUCGAUCUGAUUUACAGAAAACUUGACGUGACACUAACAAAGAUGCGCACGGAGAUUAAUCGCCUGACACAGGUUACUACACAGGCCUACGACCAAAGAGAAGAGGCGGCGCAGCGUAUCCAAGCGCUGACAGAAAAGGCUGAGAAGGACAACCAACAGCACAAUAUUGAGAUGAAGGAACUUGUUCGACUGAUUGACCACGACCGAAAACUGAAGGAGUUUAUGAAGAUAAAGGCUGCUGAACGCCAGGAAGAUCCUCAACUGACCGCAUGGAAGGUAAGACUUAGUUUCAAUUAA